GCUAGACGUUGGGUUCAUACCAAUUGUAAAGCUUUUAACAAGGAAUCUCCACUUUUGGAGUUGAAGGACGCUUGGUAAUUGUUAGUGCGGCCGAUCAGCGACUCGUUUCGUAGGCAGUGAAGCAUGCUGGUCAGAAUAACCGCUGAUUGUGGUCACGUUCCAGGUUACUGACAAUGUCGUUCUAUGCCAUGGUGUACUGCAGUGAUUGCUAUCCAGUUCAUAGAAGUUGAUACCUCCCUGAAGGAACCUGCUGCAGAAAGUAUGUUGCGCCUUUUCCUUCUGGUAGUGGCGUUGGGCCAGUCAAUUUUGGCAUUACCAACAGCGGAUGAACAGAAUGAACUCUACAACGGACUGCACUUGUUGCAGCGUCUCUUGGAGGCAGACAAUGCGGAAGACCAGCUGGAUACAAGAGUCACGUGCCCCAAACCCUGCGUCCAUGGCACGUGUUAUCAAUCGAAAUAUUGUAGAAGUUGCCCACCUCGUUGUCGAUGUGACAAGGGUUGGGAGGGAGACGAUUGCUCAUUAGCUGUUGAUGAGUGCCGUAGCAAUCCGUGCCAGAACGGUGCAUUGUGCCUAGAUCGUGAGGCUGGCUAUAAAUGUAAAUGUGAAGAAGGCUACAUCGGUCGACACUGCGAAAACUAUUUUCCUCUGGAUCUGCGAUGCUCGCCAGACACAUGUACAGAUGCACCUUGUGUGCCUCGAGCAGAUUUACGGCCAUUCUGUAAAUGCAGUGAUGGACAGCAUGGGAAGUUUUGUGAAUUGCAAAAAAUACGGGUAGACUGCAAGCCAGAAUCUAAUCGCUACAUCUACGACCAGAGAGAGGGGUACAUCACAUCACCAGGAUACCCUAAACCGUACGGCCACAUGGACAGGUGUCCAUUCAUCAUAGGGUCUCCAAACGCCAAGAGGAUCGAAAUCAGAUUUGAGGAUAUCGACAUCAACUUUGAGAACAGUCAAGCUUAUCUCGAUUACGCACCUGGCGGUGCUCUGGAUUUUAGAGGGGGAACAAUAAGUGUUCGUGACGCUCUGAACCAGACCUUUGUAAUAAAUGACGACAAGGUGUCAGUCUUCUUCCAGUCUAAUUCCAACCAAAAUAACCAAAAAGGUUUCCGCAUGCAUUACAAAAUCACCUACGUAGGCUGUGACAGCAAGCCCUGUCAGAAUGGCAUCUGCCGUGACGAAGAGAAUGGUUUCAUCUGUAAAUGUCCUGCCGGCUACGAGGGGGAAUUAUGCGAGACAAAUAUCGACGAGUGCGCUAGUAAUCCCUGUUCGGAAAGCUCUACCUGCGUGGAUGGUGAUAAUGGAUUUUCCUGCCAGUGUGCCGAGGAUUUCACUGGGACUCAGUGUGAAACAAAAAUCACUCCGUGCUCCAGUAAUCCCUGCCAGAAUGGCAUUUGCACAGACGAAUUGGAUGGCUUCAGUUGUGAAUGUUCACCGGGCUACGAGGGUAAUUUAUGUGAGACCGACAUUGAUGAAUGUAGCAGCACUCCGUGUCAGAAUGGUGCCGAGUGUGUGGAUGGUGUCAAUAUGUUUACAUGCAACUGUGCUCCAGGAUAUGAAGGAUCGCUGUGUCAAACAGACAUUGAUGAGUGUAGCAGCAAUCCUUGCCUGAACGGUGUCUGUCAUGAUGAAGUGAAUGGUUUCAGCUGUGAAUGCUCUCCAGGCUAUGAGGGAGACUUGUGUGAGACAAAUAUCGACGAAUGUAGUAGCAAUCCUUGCAAGAAUGGUGGCACGUGCGUCGAUGGUGUCAACAAUGUUUCGUGUUCUUGUGCUGCAGGAUUUACUGGGGCUGUCUGUGAGAUCGACAUAGAUGAGUGCGACAGUAAUCCUUGUCAGAAUGGUGUCUGUAUUGAGGGUGUCGACAGUUUCACUUGUGAAUGCUCUCCUGGAUACGAGGGUGCCAACUGCGAAACCAAUAUUGACGAGUGUGCUAGCGACCCAUGUCUAAACGGGGCCACGUGCGUUGAUGACAUCAACAGGGUUUUGUGCACGUGCGCUGCAGGCUUUACUGGAGUUCUGUGUGAAACUGAAAAUAAGCCUCAACCUACGAUUGCAAUCAAUGCGUGCGAUAGCAACCCUUGUCAGAAUGGUGUCUGUCGAAGCGAAGUGGACGGUUUCAGCUGUGAAUGCUCGGAAGGCUUCGAAGGUGACUUGUGUGACUCUGCUGUCAAAAAGACCAAGGGAUGCACCACUAAUCCGUGCAAGAACGGCAUCUGUAUUGGCCAUGGUGUGAAUGGAUUCAAGUGCGCAUGUUCCCCAGGCUUCGAAGGCACUUUGUGCGAAAUCAAUAUUGACGAGUGUGACAGUGCUCCAUGUCAGAAUGGUGCCAAAUGCGUGGAUGGUAUCAACAAGGUUUAUUGCGUGUGUACGGUUGGCUUCACUGGAGAAUUGUGUGAAUCCGUACAACCCAAAGGACAGCUACCUUCUGCAGGUUCUGAUGUGAAAACACAAACGUCCUUCUUGCAAGUGAACCUUGUCACUGAAUACUGCGUCAAGAAAGUCAUUGUUCAUAAGAGUGGCGACUGCACUGGUGACCGUCUGACCGGUGCUGUAGUCCGUGGUGGGACCAGCUCUACCAGUCUAACCAACCGCGGUGUAUGCGGCACUCCCCUGACCGCCCAGCAAGCUGAAGUUCGUAGGUCUACCGUAGACUUCGUCUGUGACCCUCCCAUGACGGCCAAGUUUGUCACCGUGGACAUCCCACUGCUGAGGCUUACCCAGCAGCCGCUGUGUGAAGUAACGAUUGAGCAAGCCACUCCAGGACCUUGCUAAACGUCCACAAAUCCGAAGAACGCCAGUAGUUCAAAACGACAAAAAUAAUUCGUUUUAGAAAACUUUUCAAGCACCGAGAAUGUAACAGUGAUUUUUAAUUUUAGAGAUCUUUUCAUUUUGUAGUUACGACCUAUUAAAGACAAUUAGAAUAUAGUUCUGGGAAAGUAAUGUCAAACAUGAUUGGUUCUAUUCUGUUUAGUUCUGCAGCAAUGUGAUUAUUCUUGGGCGCCACAAACUUUAAGAGACUUUGAGCUGUCAAAUAGUUUUCAUUUUCCGCCUUAGCUUUGCUUAUACUAAUUGGUAAAGCAAAGUAUCAUUGUAGUUCUGGCUUUUAAGACCAUUUCUGAGGCUUUCUCGUAUAUACAUGUAGUUAUAUUAUUGUUUUAUAAAAUUAUACCCUCGACUUUGCUUCUAAUCAUGCCAUAGGCCCGAUGGAGGUAGCAUUGUUACAAGUCCAGUUGGCUACAUUCGGCAUCAGGCCUAUAUGUUUAAGAGAGAUACAUUUGGUUGCAAGGCGACAGGAUCCACAACAACUGUCGUCCCAUUGUGGAAUACGGCUGCAGCGUGAAGAUCGUACGUGUUUGGCUGCAAUCUGCUGGCUUGCAACAUGUACAUCAAGGAAAGCCGUAGCUGUUGCAUCAUAGAUACGCCUUGGCGUGUAGCGUGAUGACUUUUUCUUACACACGAUGAUAGUUUUGGCAACAUUGUACCCCACUACAAAGUAUGCAAACUCUCUCACACUCGAAUUUGGUUCAAAGCACUGAAAAGUGCACUUUUUUAAACGCUUACAAUUAUCCCUGCUUUAUUGAAUAACUGAGAGCGCUGUUGCUUUAAUGCCAUCUGAGGGAGGCAUAGGUCUGUGCGUACGUUUUGCAUGUAGCCAUUGUUUGGCGUGGUCAAGGGUUUAUCCACUACCAACACAGGGUAAGGGUUCCCCUCGUUUUCUCUG